AUUUAUGGCCCAAAGCUGAAGAAGACGUAUCAGUAAAACAUGAUGUGACCAGACUGAAAUACAUACAUCAUUUCACCACAUUGUUCUCUAAAGCAACCUUUUCUUGGUUACUUCCACUUUUACGUGACGGAAGGAAAAACCCUCUGGAAAUGGAAGAUUUGGGGGACUUGCCUGAAGCGGAUCAAGCCGAGAACCAGUUUAAGAGGUUUUAUCAUAUCUAUUUCAAAGAAAAGCUUGCCGCAGAAAAAGCUGGGAAGGUAGUGUCUCUGUGGAAGUGCUAUUGGUUGACAUUUUGGAAGACCUUGGCACUAGGAGGGAUGAUGAAGAUGGUUGGUGAUUUGGUAGGGUUAGUUGGCCCUAUGGCCAUCAAUAUUAUUGUUCUGUAUGCAGCAGCUAUUCAAGAGGGAACUUUGUCUAAACCUGAUCCAACUAAGCGUUACCACCCAACAACUUGGGAAUUCCUGAAAAAUGGCUAUGUGACAUCAGUUGUGGUAUUGGUUGCUACAUUCAUGCAGAGUACGUUUUCAAAUAACUUCAACCAUCUGGCCAUAACAGAAGGCGUUCAUCUACGUUCAGCUUUACAAUGCCUGGUGUACAAGAAAGCCCUAAAAAUAUCGGGAAUUGCAGGAAUUGACACUGGAACUGUUGUUAAUCACAUGUCUGUAGAUGCUUUCAACAUGAUGAUGCUCUUUUCAAUGGGACAUUACAUUUGGGCCGUGCCUUUUAAGAUAACCUUGCUGUUGAUGCUUUUGUACAUGCAGUUAGGAUAUAGUGCUUUAAUUGGAGCAGCUACGAUAUAUGUUCUUGCUCCAGUUCAAUAUUACAUUUGCACUCUUCUAUCCCGAAUCCAGAAAGAAGCUUUGAAAGUAGCUGACGAACGUCUACAGCGAACCAGUGAGCUUUUGCAAGGGAUUAAGCUUUUAAAAUUAUAUGGCUGGGAAACGAUGUAUGGAAAUCUCAUUCAAAACGUCAGAGAAAAAGAGUUGAAGCUGCUGCGCUCAGAUGCAAUUUAUGUGGCUCUGAACACAUUUCUUACACAAGCAUCUUCAAUUGUGGUUACUUUAGUGACAUUUGCUCUGUAUUCAACAAUUGAAGGAAAGCCUCUUGCAUCAUCAGAGGUCUUUACUGGUCUUGCCCUCUUCAAUCAGCUCACUGUGCCACUAUAUAUUAUUCCCUUUGUUAUUCCAAUUGUCAUCAAUGCAAUGGUGAGCACCAAACGUUUGAGACACUUUCUACAGAUGUCUGAAGUUGACUCUAACACUCCAUGGAGAGAACAGGAAGGUCCUGCAGCCAUAGUUGAAUACAAUCCAGAUAGUGGUAGUGUAUUGUUAAAUGUAAAAGAUGCAGAAUUAGAAAGAAAGCGAAACAUUCUUGGUGGGAGUGAUGAGUCUGAUGGAGUUUUUCUUCCCGAGUUAAUGAAUCAACCGACCGUAGAUGGCUCAGUUGCUGCUGUUGUGCAGAAUGGCUCUUUUACAUGGGAUUUCAAUUCUUCCAUCAGUGUGCUACAAGAUAUUCAUGUUCAAAUCCCAGCAGUGAACAGUGCCAUCGAGACAUAUUACAGUGUCUCUGGCAGACAUGCACAACUCUUGAGCAAAGAACUUUGGGGUAAUGUUCAAAUCUCUGUAGCAUGCACUCCAUCUGUUGCCUAUGUUCCUCAGAAAGCUUGGCUUCUUAAUGCAACUUUGAAAGAGAAUAUUCUCUUUGGUCAGCCUUAUGAUGGACGAAG